AUGUGUGAAUCAGUUCUUUAUCAAUGUAAAAAAAUAAAGAUUGGUUCUGCUAUUGAAUUUAAUGAGGAUCAGUUAGAACAAAUAGUAAAUCAAAAAGAGUAUAACAGCGAAUUCAAUGAAAAUCAAACGAAUAUGGAUCAAGAUGAGGCUGUCGAAGAUUAUUAUAACUUCCGGCAAACAUAUUUAAAGGCAUUAAUGAAUUCUGUUUUGAAUAAUACAAUUAAAGAAUUGAUGAUAAAAAAUCCAAGUGCAUUAUUUCACGUAAUGCUAAUGCCAACCAGAUGGUUUCAAAAUGACUUAUGGGAGCAUUUGGAUCUUAUUUCUAAAGAACCAUUUAUUGGAUUGUUAUCUCCAAAAUCUCAGGAUAAAAAUAUACAACAAAUUGUUCUUAAACAUUUCAACAAUAUUCAGGAAACUAUGAUUCAGCAUCAUGUACAAAAGAAAGUAGAAUACGGUAGACUUAUGGGUAAUUUCAAAAAAGCUCUAAACUAUUCGAUGGAGGAUAAUGAUCAAAAGAAUUUGAAUGAACUUAUUUUGUCUUAUAUUGCAAGAAAGGAAAAAAAACUAGUUGAUAGUUGCAUAUAUGAUGCAGAUAAUAUUCAAGAUCCAAUUGCACAUCAGGGUAAAGGUAGACCUGCUACUAAGUGUUUAAAAGCUUUUACUGAAGAAAAUAGUAAAGCAUCCACUAGCAAUACAAAACAUGCAAAUAGCAGUAACAGAGAGAAAGGAAUUGAAGUAUCAAGU